GAUCGAGUCCCCUCCCCCGUCACCUAGGGAUGCAGACAGAAGGUACAGCAAGGUAGCCAAGGUACCUUAUCUGCGCACUGCGCCGGAGGCGAGAAAGCUUCACCGUUGAGCUCAGAAACAACCCCAGUCGACGACAACCGCAGACAUCCGCCCCCCAUUCAGCCAAAAAGGCGCGCGCACCCCAAUGCGGCCCUGGCCACAUCACCGCUGCUGGCCCUUGUCAACGACUCGCCCAAAGCGCUUGCAUGUUCUUUGCGGAUCGGUUCGGGGCGCCAUGUCAGCCACUGAAGGUUGAGAGGAGGGGGGGGGGGCAAAAACCCUUCGAGCGUUGCUGGAAUCAGCCUCCGCAUUGACACAGGGUGGUGGUGUGCUGAGACUCGGAGUGCAGCUCGGCUCGAGGGUGCGCCUGUCACGAAAGAUUCGUGCCCAUGAGGCGGCUCGCGACGCGACGGACUUUGCUGCGUCGCGCUGUCAGUGAUGGAUGGGUCCAUUCGAAUGGUAGCGGAGUGGAUUCAUUAGUUAGGGAGGAGGGCCUUUCGCACACGCACUGAUCGCGAUAAUAAGCUGGAUAGGUUUCGUACUACCUUCGUAUGUCUUGUCGAUGGCGUGGGGGCGAGACGGGCUGAUUGCAAACUGGGUUAUGCUUCGUCCGUACGUGCUCGCAGGCCACGAGGACAGGGUUCGCCCCUGUCUUGCUUCAGCAGAGCAGCCGCCAAUGCGAAGGCAGUGUUCUAGGCGGCCGCAUCAGCCUGUCUCGGCCAAAAAGGGUCCAAUUGUCGCAGUGCAAGACCACGGACGCCCGAGCUGGUGGCCGCGAGCCGGGGAUACCUGACAGCCGCGCUCAUCGUCACGGGCGCUUUUUCCGCUGACGACGUCUUUCGAAAGCUCCAGACCCAGAUUGCGUAUCUGGGAGGGAGAGGCUGGCGAUCAUUGCUCGUGACAUUUUUCGUCUCAAGUGUGCUGCCGCCUAAUCUGAACACCCUCCCCCCUCCGAUGCAUGGCAGUGCUACCGAGAGCGUGACAGCUGGGCUGUCUCAUCGUGAGCAUGUCACAGAGCUGAGGCUGCACAUUGCGCCAGGACAUGGCCAUGCGCUCUGAUGGACGUUUCGCAUGUUGAAGCCCAGGAGAUCCAUCCGAUUUACCAGAAUGCUUGCUUCUGGUGGCGUUGCUGGUGACUGACAUUUCUCGUCGUUGAGUCUUUACAUUGGCGUAAACCCACAGUAGGGCCGAUGAACUUGUCAGGGCAUGGGUGACAUGACAUGGCUGCGGGCAAUCUGCAUGCCGCCAAUGCGCGCUUUCGCAAGACCACACAAUGCGACGAACCGAACAAGAUUCGAAAUCAGUGCUUCAGCAUAGGGGGAGAGCAGCAGCCAAGACCAAGACGGAGCCUCCUCCCCAGUUCUCCUCAGCUUCGUCCCAAAUCAACACUGCCAACAAAUGAAGAUGGAUCGGGGUCGUUUCCCGGCUUGCGAUGCAACUUAUUAUCGAUUCACCACGUACUAAAAGGUACGCUUGGCACCCUCUGGACGCCCGAGUCCAGACAUAGCGAGGAAUCAACGAGUCAGGUCACCCGCGGGCAGAAAGAAAGUUCAGCUCCGAACCCUUCACCGAUAUGGCGCUUGCCAUGCGCUCUACCUAUGAGAGCCCCAGCAUUGAUCCCUCAUUCCACAAAUCAAGCACCAGGUACUAACGUUAGUCAGUCGCAUCCAGCUCGAAUAUCAGGUGAACCCGGUGCACGGCACGGUGAGACGGACGGCUCCGACGCCUCGUGGGCGGGCCGCUGGCCCCUGAGUCUCUGGCAUCUCGCCCACCAGUCACGUUUAAUUAUCAACGCUCUUGCCUGAGCAUCUGGUUCGUGUGGCUGCAGCACCUGCGGACCAACCCCCCGUACCGGGCCUCGAGGAGCAUGGCAUGGCAAUGACGGUCUACACGAUUCGUGCGCGGCGGGCCACUCCGCGGCCCGGUGUGGGCGUGGCUGCGAGGGGCGACGAUGACACCCGGUGCCGAGCGCAGUUGGAGCACGUCGACACGGUAUGACCUGCCUGUCGACGGUAGGUACGCGGCGUCGAACGACAGGCCAGCAACGGCCCCCUACCUGAGUCCCGGGAUCCUUUUGGG